CCGUGAGCUCUGUCAAUUUCAUCAUCAACAACCACACCCGAGCAGUGCCCAACAGCGACAGGCGAUCAACACCGCCACCAAACCCAUUCUCUUAUCACACCACAUUAUCACCAAACCACAAAUCCAACGAAAAUGUCCCAACCCCUCUUCGGCCUCAUUCCCGCCGGUCAGCCCGUAAUAAUCUCCCCCACCGAAGCUCCCAGUCCCACCUCCUUCCUGUACGCCAUCCCACCGACCAACCCGAACUCUCCCCCCGGUUCCGCCAUCUCCAAGCCCUUCGGGCACGUCGUCGUCUUUCUUUUGCCUGGUGUAGUCCUCCCCCCGGGGACCGCAGCAGCAAUUUACCUCGUCACUCCGCCGUCACCAGCCCUGGGGCAGACGGCGCCCAACUUCAAGUUUUUGGGUGGGAUCGGGCCGGGGAAGGAGAGUGCUAUCUUCAAGGUUGGACCUGGUGCAGGAGGGACAGGGGGUGGGAACGAGAAUGUGGUGAUUGGGGUUUCGGUUGAGGAUGCGGAGAGUGUGGCCAGUAGGAUGACUGCGACGGGGACAACAACACCAGCAGCAGCACCAACAAGUGGUAAUGGAACAGAAGGGGCGUUGGUGCCGGUUUCGGCAGCGCGGCAGCAGCCGAGCACGCUGGUGCUGGCGCAGAGGAUCAUCAAGAAUGCCUUCAACUUUUUGUCGAGCUAUACCGGGUCCACGCCGGGGCAGAUGGAGGUGGUGCCGCUUAAGGCGUUUGAGGAGUGGUGGAAGAAGUUUGAGAGUAAGGUGAGGACGGACCCGGGGUUUUUGGAGAGGGAUGAUGAUCAAUGAUCAGUGAGCAUAUGGAGACACGGGAAUGGUUAUAUAGAAGAAGACGUUCCACAUAUGCGUGACGAAGGCUGAAUCUGUGGGAGAGGCUCCCGGAACGGCAUAGUUGGAAGAAAGCCUUCUUUUCACCUGGCGGAUGUGUACCUGGUCUUGGGCUUUGGGGACACGAGGGGGGUUUCGUUGAAAGUGGUGAAAUUGUAGAUGGCGAGACCAUGAACUUGUCAUAUUGAGGAUGAGGUCAGGCCAGCGCCAUGUUUGUGUAUCAGCUGGAUCGUUCAGGACGCAAAUAUACCCAGUUAGAACAAAGGACAAGCAGAUAUGGCCAAGAGACGCUGGAAGAAUUUGCG